GCAUAGUGUCUACGCUAAAGCAUAGUUGUGUUAAAUAAAUCAACAAACGUUUCCCGAAAGUGCAUUCGUUUGAAUAGAAAAUGUUUGCACAAAAGUGUUGUCGAAACUACAGACAAAUAGCUUUAAAUACAAGAUGGAAUGGUAUGCGAGCGCUUUCCGCUCAAGCGCAAGUUAAGACUGAGCAAACCUAUGAAACCGAAUGGAACAGCGCGAAACCAUUUUCUUCGCUUCCUGGACCGUCGAAAUUGGGCUUCUUGCGGUCUUUCUUGCCUGGAGGAAAAUAUCAUAACAUUACAUUGCUUGGUAUGCAAAAGGCUUUCUACAACGAAUAUGGAACGAUAUUCAGAUUUCCUGGACUAUUCGGCAAACCAGACAUGGUCUUCACGUUCGAUCCGAAUGAUAUGGAAACGGUCUUUCGCACAGAGGGUCAGUGGCCCGGUCGUCGUGGAAUUGAUACUAUCGACUAUUAUCGCCGGAAGAUUCGUCCCGACAUAUUCAAAAAGGGAACGGGACUGGUCAUGGACCAAGGUGAAGAGUGGGCUAAAUUGCGAACGGCCGCCAAUCCAAUCAUGAUGAAACCGAAAGUGGUCAAGGCAUACAUACCGGACAUUGAUGAUGUGGCCAAGGAUUUUAUACGGAAAAUUAGAACGAUUCGCGAUGCUAACAAUGAAAUGCCGGACGAUUUUCUGAACGAAAUGAACAAGUGGUCACUGGAAUCGAUUGCGUUGAUUGCACUCGAACAUCGAUUGGGUCUUCUUACAAAGGAAGACGAUCCGGAGAAUCAGAAGUUAAUUAACGCUGUCAAAGACUUUUUCUUGUUGUCCUACGAGCUGGAUAUUCAGCCGUCCAUUUGGAAAUACUACAAGACACCGAAAUUCAACAGAUUGAUGGAUGCGUUUGAUGUAAUGACCGACUUAUCAAAGAAGCACAUCGAUAAUGCAAUUGAACGACUAUCGAAUCAAGUAAGAGAUGGUGCUCACGAGGAAAGUGUUCUACAAAAGAUUCUACAAGUCGACAAAGAUUAUGCGAUUGUGAUGGCAUUGGAUAUGCUGCAGGCAGGAAUCGAUACGACUUCAGCGGCAGCAGCUGGUCUCUUUUAUAAUCUUGCUAGAUAUCAAACGGUUCAAGACAAAUUACGGACGGAAAUUAUGACUCUACUGCCUAAUGCUGACACAUCGUUAACACCGGAAAGUCUUAACAGUUUGCCGUACUUACGAGCGUGUCUAAAGGAAUCAAUGAGAAUGAGUCCAAUAGUGGCAGGAAAUGUGCGCUGUGCUGGUCGUGACCUUGUUUUACAAGGUUAUCAGAUACCGAAAGGAACCGACUGCCUGAUGGGAACGGUUGCGUUGCUGCACAACGAAAAGUUUGUCCAGAAAGCCGAUGAGUUCAUACCGGAACGAUUCUUGAAAGAGCCACAGUCUGGUUGCCCGAACGCUAAGGAUAUUCAUCCAUUUUUGCAGUUGCCUUUCGGCUUUGGAGCUCGUGCAUGCAUAGGACGUCGAUUUGCUGAAAUGGAAAUCGAAGUUCUUACUAUCAGAUUGUUGAGGGAAUUCAAAAUCGAAUGGAAUUAUGGACCGAUGACCUUUGCAAAUGGAUUAAUUGUCACGCCCGCUUCAAAAUUGAAAUAUAAAAUCACCGAACUGUAAAUAAAGAUUUUUUACCCAUCUGAUCUGCCUGAACCAAAUUACUUGCUAAAACUGAAUACACCCA